AUGCCAUCAUCUAUAAUACCACUACGUGCAAGUUCCAUUGAUAUUCAUCCGAAUGCAAAAUGGGCACAGAAUGGUAUCACUGUUGCUGGAGGAAAUGGAUGUGGCAGUGAAACCAAUCAACUCCAUUGCCCAUGUGGUUUGUACGUCGACGAUGAUCAAACGAUUUAUGUCGUUGAUCAGUUCAAUCAUCGUAUUGUGGAAUGGAAAUCUGGUGCAACGAAUGGAAAAGUAGUUGCUGGCGGAAAUGGAGUUGGAAAUGGAACUCAUCAGUUACAUGGCGCAUUUGAUGUGAUUAUCGACAAAGAGAGCGAUAGUCUCAUCAUCAGCGAUUGGGCGAAUAAAAGAGUAGUUCGUUGGCCUCGUCGAAAUGGUACUUGUGGAGAAACGAUUACUUCAACUAUCUCUUGCGUGGGUUUGACAAUGGACGACAAUGGUUUUUUCUAUGUCGGUGACAUUGGAAAACAUGAAGUGAGACGAUAUAAAAUUGGUAAUACUCAAGAAACAAUAGUUGCAGGUGGCAAUGGACGAGGAAGCCGCCUCGAUCAACUCUCUGAUCCCCGCUACGUAUUUGUCGAUCGAGAACAUUCAGUUUAUGUGUCUGAUCUUCGAAAUAAUCGUGUAAUGAAAUGGGAAGAAGGCGCAACACAAGGCAUUAUCGUAGUCGGUGGUCAAGGAAAAGGAAAUAGUCUUACACACUUGAAUGGUCCUCAAGGAGUCGUUGUCGAUCAACUGGGUACUGUCUAUGUGGCUGAUAGUUGGAAUAAUCGAAUCAUGCGUUGGCCAAAAGGUGCCACACAAGGAAGUGUCAUUGUUGGUGGAAACGGCCAAGGAGCACAGCCGAAUGAACUCAAUUAUCCCAUAGGUUUAUCAUUCGAUCGAUAUGGCAAUCUCUAUGUCGUCGAAAACGGAAAUGGUCGAGAUGAUUCAGGUGUUUUUCAUCAUACAACAUCAAAUCAUAUUAAGUAUGCAUUUAUCAAUGGUGACGAUGGAAUUAUUCAUAUACUUGAUUUAUAUAUUUGUAUAACAAAAGUUAAAGUAAUAGUAAAUACGAUGAAGCGUGAUGUACGUUCACCAAAAUUAUUUUAUCUAGCAGUUGGAUUUAAAUCAGAAAAAUUAGUUGGACGUUGUCAAAUCACUUAUCGUUUAACAAAAAAUGGAAAAUUUCAAGGUCAACAAUGA